CUCUCCCACUCCAAAUUCAUGUUAUACCAAAACCACCCGCGUUUAAGUAUUGUCAAUAACCAAAUACUAACAAAUCCUUAAAGACCACCAACUACACUUUCUAGUUGAGAAUCAUAUCAUCAUAUAUAUAACCAUAUACCCACUUCAAGUUCGUAACACACCCCAUUUUCAAACCUGUCUUCCCUAUGGCUCGCCCACUUUCAGUGACUCACCCUUUGCCAAGCACUUCAAAUAUUGGCCUUGCUGUUAUGACCCUUACACUAUGUGCCAUUGCUUUGCUCAUGUGUGCUUCUCAUUCGCGCAAAUGGCGGCGUCAAUGGAGCUCUUGCUAUGGUGCCUUUGUUGAAGAACCUGUGAUAGAGUUUAACAAUGAAGCUGUGAUCUGUGAAGGUGAGCAACAAGAGUCUUCAAUUUGGCAGAAGAACAUUCUCAUGGGUGGGAAGUGCCAGCUCCCAGAUUUCUCUGGUGUCAUUAUAUAUGACUCCGAUGGCAAUGUAGUAAACCCUGCUAAAACUUCACGUCCAUUAUUAACCUGGAAAUAAGGAUGUGAAGAACCCAACAAGCUUCUUCACUUGCAGAACAUACCAGAUUCACCAGAGCAAGUGCUCCAUCAACAACUCGAAGUCUCAGAUUUACCAGACAAAACAUACCGUAGCAUAUAAUAGUAAAACCAAAGUCAUGCAUUGUUAGCCUGUCAAGAGUGUCUCUUUUGUAUCCAUGUAUGAAACUCCUGUAAUCUUUAGAAGAUGUAGAAUGCCCUUUCGAUUUUGGAAAGAAAAACAUGCAUAUUUAGUUUGAAA